AAAGUUCCCGCUCGCUUGCGUCAUUAAAAGGGAGGAAACGAGGCUCAGCGACAAAACGGAGCGCCACACGCUGCGUCACCAUUUUCAUUCCUCACGCAGGAUUUUUGACAAACAGAAAGGGAGAAAGGGAGAGGAGUAACGAUGGGAAAGGAUCUCGGCGACGAUCAAGUGGCCUCCAUGAAGGAAGCAUUCACGCUGUUUGACACCGAUGGAGAUGGUCGGAUCGCAGCGUCGGAAUUAGGGAUUCUGAUGCGAUCUCUAGGAGGAAACCCUACACAAGCGCAGCUCAAAGAGAUCAUCGCUCAGGAGAAGCUUACCUCCCCUUUCGACUUCCCUCGGUUCCUGGAACUCAUGAGCAAACACAUGAAGCCCGAGCCCUUCGAUCGCCAACUCCGUGAUGCAUUCAAGGUCCUUGACAAGGACUCCACCGGUUACGUGGCCGUUUCCGAACUCCGCCAUAUCCUCACCAGCAUCGGGGAGAAGCUCGACCCCUCUGAAUUCGAUGAGUGGAUCCGCGAGGUCGAUGUUGGAUCCGACGGUCGGAUUCGUUAUGAAGAUUUCAUUGUCCGGAUGGUCGCCAAGUGAGAUUUUAUUAUAUGAUCAAAUGCUCACCAGUUCACCCUGUUUAAUUGCUCCUUGUAGUCGGUAUGCUCAUUUCUUUUUGUUGUUUGGGCUUUUAAAAUUUGUUUUCUUUUUGAUGAUGGGUGCUUUCCCCCCUUUUCUGUUUGUAAUCUCAAUUGGACUAAUGCCUAAUGCUGAUUAAUUGGGAGAUCUUGGACAUCUUGUUGUUGUUCUUGAUGCAUUCCUAGAGUUUACCUGUGUGCAUAAUAUGUGGGCAUGUAUGUGCAUCAUUGUUGAA